ACCCGGGCUCCGCUCACCCCGCCCCGAGGAGGCCCCAGGAGGGGCUUCGGCGCCGCGGCCGCGCGUUCGGGAAGGAGGACGAGGAGGGAGCGGCGCGCAACCGGCCGGCUGGCUGGCUGAGAGGAAGCGCUGCGCCCGCGCCCCCGACGGCGCCCGGGAAACCACAUCCGCGCCUCCGCUGGAAGCGCGUCCGGGCCCCUGUCACCGGGUCCCUCCAUCUUGAAAGGGAGGAAAAAGCGCUCUCCGGUCCCCGCUCCCCUCCUCCCAGGAGCCGCGCGCAUGGCGUUCAGCCCCUGGCAGAUCCUGUCGCCCGUGCAGUGGGCGAGAUGGACGUGGUCCGCGGUGCGCGGCGGGGGCGCCGGAGAGGACGAGGCCGCCGGGCCCGAGGGCGACCCCGAGGACGAGGACUCGCAAGCCGAGACCAAAUCCUUGAGUUUCAGCUCGGAUUCUGAAGGUAAUUUUGAGACCCCUGAAACUGAAACGCCCAUCCGAUCCCCUCUCAAGGAAUCCUGUGAGUCAAACCUCGGACUGGCAGGCUCCUGGGCCAAGACCCAAGACUCACAAGAAGUGGACGAAGAGCUGGUAGCAGAAGUGGUUGAAAACUGUUCAUCUGCGGCUGCUUCUAAAUCCGCAGGACAGGAGGCAGCGCCGCCCGCUAGCGGGUCUCGCGCAGUCAAGGAUUUCAGAGAAGAACCCGAACAUGAUGCGAGCAAGAUCUCCGUCGUGAGGCCGUUUUCCAUAGAAUCCAGGAACUGCGGGGACUUCCCCAGGGCGCCCGGCACGGCCGCACUCCUCGGCCCGGCCGCGCGCGCGCAAGAAGACGAGGCCAUGACCGCGGGCGCCGCCCGGGAAGCCGACCCCGGGGCGGGCAGCCCGCGUCCAGAGCCCGGGGCCGGCCGGAGCCGCCUGCGGAAGCCCCGGCCCGUGCCCCUGCGGAAGAAGGCGCUGGGUGGCGAGCUCUUGGAAGCGGCCUCUGCCCCGGAGGGUGUGCGUCCCGAUGGGGAGGAUGGGAAGGCCGGGAGCCAGAAGUGUGCCCCUGAGAUGAUGGAAACGCCAGGCGGAGAUGCCCACGACUCGGGGGCCGAGCAGCUGGAGGAGGCGAGGAGCCGCCCGCUGAAAUGCGAGUUCGAUUUCGCCGAAGAUGCGGAGACCACGGAGUCCAGGAGAGCCCUCCCGAGGAAGCCCGGCCGGAAACUGGGCAGCAGAGUCAUGCCACAGGUUCACGGCGCCGGGGUGCCAUCGGAGCCGGGCCCCGGGGCGAGCCCCACCCUGCGGCCCUGCGGGGGCCCCCUGGCGCGGCAGCACUCGCCCCCGCUCUCCGCUCAGGGCUCCUACCACUUUGACCCGGACCACUUUGACGAGUCCGAGGAUCCCUUUAAACCCAGUAUGACUUUCACCAGCGGUGACUUUGGUUCUCCCGCCGGUAAUCAUGUUAAUGAAAUCUUAGAAUCACCCAAGAAGGCCAAGUCGCGUUUAAUAACGAGUGGCUGUAAAGUGAAGAAAUAUGAAGCCCAGUCUCUUGCUUUGGAUGGGUGUUCUCAGGAUGAAGGAGCAGUGAUCUCCCAGAUCUCAGACAUUUCUAACAGGGACGGUCAUGCUACCGAUGAGGAGAAGCUGGCGUCCACGUCAUCGGGUCAGAAACCCACUGGGGCCGAGGGGAAAGGUGAGCCAGAGGACGACCUGGAGUACUUUGAAUGUUCCAAUGUUCCUGUGUCUGCCAUAAAUCAUGCGUUUUCAUCCUCAGAAGCAGGCACCGAGAAGGAUCUGUGUCAGAAGAUGGAGAAGGAUGGAUCCACUGUGUCCGCACUGCUGGAGUCCCCGGUGGAGAAGAGCCCCGUGUCCGUGGGCUGCGGAGUGGAGAGCCCCCUGGACGGCAUCUGCCUCAGCGAAUCAGAUAAGACCGCCGUGCUCACCCUGAUAAGGGAAGAGAUAAUCACUAAAGAGAUUGAAGCGAAUGAAUGGAAGAAAAAAUACGAAGAAACCCGACAAGAAGUCUUGGAGAUGAGGAAAAUUGUGGCUGAGUAUGAGAAGACCAUUGCCCAAAUGAUUGAAGAUGAACAGAGGACAAGCAUGAGCUCUCAGAAGAGCUUCCAGCAGCUGACCAUGGAGAAGGAGCAGGCCCUGGCCGACCUCAACUCGGUGGAAAGGUCCCUGUCCGACCUGUUCAGGAGAUAUGAGAACCUGAAGGGCGUCCUGGAAGGGUUCAAGAAGAAUGAAGAAGCCUUGAAAAAAUGUGCUCAAGAUUACUUAGCCAGAGUUAAACAAGAAGAGCAACGGUAUCAGGCCCUGAAGAUCCACGCUGAGGAAAAACUAGACAAAGCCAACGAGGAGAUUGCUCAGGUCCGAACAAAAGCCAAGGCCGAGAGCGCGGCUCUGCACGCGGGGCUCCGGAAGGAGCAGAUGAAGGUGGAGUCUCUGGAGAGGGCCCUUCAGCAGAAGAACCAAGAAAUCGAAGAACUGACGAAAAUCUGCGACGAGCUGAUUGCCAAGCUGGGAAAGACUGACUGAGUUUCCCCUGUAAGCUCAGCAGAUCUGCAUUCGGCUGCUUCUCUCGUGACCACGAUUUUCUUGCCUUAUCCAGGAAUAAUUGCCCCUUUGCAGAGAAAAAAAAAAAACUUUAUGAAAGCACAUGCCUACUGCUGCCUGUCCCGCUUUGCUGCCGACACGCCCGCCCCGAGAAAACGCUGGAGGAUUCAUCACGCAGACGCGGAGAGAGUGGCCCGACCAUCCCAUCGAUGGGCUCUGGGCACGAUUCUCUAUCUUUGGUUCGUUUUAAAGUCUUCUUUACUUUGCCCAGGUGUGUUCAGUUUAUGAUUUGAUGGCUAUUACUUGGGACCAUAUCCUGUCCACCUGAUUUUUUUAAGUUUAUUUAUUACAUCUUUUACAUUUAAUUUUCAAUAUUAGUGGUUUUAUUUGAGGAGAUGAUCUGGCCUAUUGUUACUUCCAGUUGAGUACCUAUUUAUGGACACGUUCACUGUCUUACACACAUAUGCGCAUAUUUAUACGUGAUGCUGGUUUGUUACCCCGCCCCCCAGAAGCAUAGUCAAAUAAGAACUUCUCUACAGAAAGGCAUGUUUCCAUAAACUUAAAACCCUAUCUGAAAACAGAGUUGUGGCUCAAAAUGCCAGUUGCAGAAUUUGGGGGGUUGAAGAGGUGAAACCCGCAGACUCCAUGUGUGGCAUGGCUCCUAACCUCAGGCUCAGGUGUCACAUAGGGGGGACCCUUGGCCACGGCAUCCUGUCCCCCCCUGUCUGGACGGCCCUCAGCCUGGGUGCCGCCACCCCUCUGGGGUUAGUCCUCAGACCCAGGGGAUCUGCUUUGUUCCCUCACAACUGGGGUUUGGCAAGUCCGUCCUGGAGCCAUCAGUCCCCUCUACUUCUAUUUGUUGCCCCAGAGUGACGUUUGCUCUCUAUUUUCUUUCUGUUUGCAAUAUGCAAAGGAAAUCUGCUUGUAAAAGGUUUAGACGACCUCCUUUAAUGAACCCCAUUAGCAACUGUAAGGUAAAGCAGCAGAUGGAUUUUUGCAAGUGUGAUGAAUUAGUCUUCAGAUUUUUUUUCCCCUAAAGCACCCCCCCAAAAAAAAAUCCUUUCAAAAAAAAAAAAUCCUUUCAAGCUGAAAGAUAGUAUAAUUAACAAUUUUCAACCAAACGGGCAGGAAAAUCACAUGAGUCACUCCCCAAAUCAGUGCAUUUUGAGUAUUUUUAAACCACAGCUGUUUGACUACUGGCGGAGGGAGCAGACCCCUACUCACAAAACCAAAUUCCUCAAGCUGUUCCUGGACUCCAUUCAGAGUGGCGGGGAACCUUAACCCCCGAAUGGAAAUUUCCCGUGUGAACCCCCUCCCGUUCAAUAGGCAAAACCAAAUCCACGCAGGCAUCUUAAAGCGCUUGUUUGUCUUAACCUGAACACCCGGAGCGUCUUCAUGGUGACAUGUGUUAUCUCCAGUACACGUAAGUUGUGGUCCUCUUCCUGUAAAACUACUGCAUGAUACAACUUCAGCAAUGAAUUGUGCCUCGUCGAGACCCUCCCUUGCUUUCUCAAGGUGACCUUUUCUUUAGCGUCGUACUGUUCACACGGGUGCAAUCUUUAGCCCCACGGAGGUCAGUAAUGUCUUUUCAAGCCAGAAGUCCCGUUUUACUGAUAUGCAUUUCCCAUAAUUGGUGCUUAGGCUGUAUUUUAAAGCCUACUGUCUUUAACAUUUUGUACUUAAAAAAAAAAAAAAAGCAACAACAAACCAGAAAAGCAGAAAUGAUCUGUGUUUGGAGAAGUGAUGUGACAAUCAUUCGGGCCCUGGAAGCAGUCCCCGUGGUUUGAAGUGAGUGCCCUGCUGUAGCCUUUGCCCUGGAGGAGCAGGUGUCUCAGGCCGUGUGACCAUACCCUCUUCCAACUCUUCACAACUAGAGAAACUCACUUCGCAGUUUUGCAGAAAGAAACGUUGCUAAACCUCUUUGCUGCUGUGUUUUGGUGACGUAUCUGUGUUUACUUGUUUCAUAUUGCUCUUAUUAUUUCAUAAUAAGCAUGAAAGGCUUAUUAUCAUGGUCUCCAUUAGAAUCCCACAGUCCUCUUUUUUUAGGCUUCUUGCUUGUGUUGAAAGAGAAAAUAGUAGCUGUGUCUUGAAACAGAGGUGAUGACAAUCCUUCCUGAGCACGCUAGUGGGAAGAGACCCCUGAGAAACUAGACCCUACUGAGGAAAGUCACUGCAUGAGGAAAGCGAAAAGGCCCACAUUAAAUAAUGUUUGCCACUGGCCAUUCUGCCAUGGCCAUUACAAGGAAAUGGUCUUCCUUCUGAUUUAGUGGAUGGAUAGUCUCCUGCAGGACAAAAAAUGUAGCAGGUACAACUGUCACAUCAAGAGAGUAUACUGAGCAGAAUGAAGUAUGUUUAUUUAAAAAAGGGAAAGAGACCUACUCUGGGGAAUAAGAGUAUAGCCUAGAGUUUUGCUCCAAAACACCAGUGGGCCAAAUUACUUGUGAAUUGGGCAGUAAUUCACCCCGUGACAAACAUGACAGGGAAAUGAGAAAAAGCCGCUGGCCUGGACAGUGGUUUGGGAGCGUGAGUGGUCUGCUUGAGGCUGUGGAUCCAGAGCCGUUUUUUGUUUUUGUUUUUUAAUUUCUGAGUUUGCCAAAGUGCAGCUGGUCUUUACCGAGAAGUGUUUUAACGGGAGGAUCUGAUGUAACCAGACUCCUCAGUCUGUCACUUGGUUGGCUAAGCCAUUGAGAGACCUCGUGACAUUUCCUUUGUUUGGAGAUGCUCCUGGAAACAGUGAGAAGCCCACUUUGCUUAUGGCUUCUAGUGUCCUCAGACCCAGCCAAGAUUAGGAAGUGUGGAGGCACGUGACCGUGAGAGACGCCGAGGACCUGGCAGCCUUCCCAGGUGACAUGGAGUCCAAGGAAAGGUUCACACUGGGUUUUGGAGGAUGGCUCAAGUCAGAUCUUCUCACCAGCCAGUUACCCUUUCUUCCCAUCCCAUGCUUUCUGCAAGUCUCACACAAAUACCUGGACACUUUUUAGCUGGGUCCCGGAUUCAUCCUGACUGGUUAUAAGCUGGGAGAGUGAAGUGCCCCAGAUAUCCCUGGGCUGACUCAACGCAGCCAUAGGGAAGCAGUCAUGGUACCGACAGGUAACAGACUCGAUGACUCUGAAGCUCAAAACGGAGUUGUAAGAACAGGAGUUUGGCGAGUCUGAGUGCACUAACUGGAAAUGAUCCAGCAUGUCCUUUUUCAGUGGAGUAAAGUCCCUAAAGCUCCCUUUUUCUUUUUUCCCUUUUGGUCUUUUGCUGCAGUUCGUAGCUGUCUCGUGAAUCGUCCACGACUGGUGGUCUUUGUAGUUUUGUUAACCGUGCAAGUUUGCUCUUGGACUCGGGUGGUUUCUUACUUUAUCCUCUUGUUGGGAAGAGAGAAACUAGAGGUUGGAAGGAUUCAAUGAUUCAGGCAAAGCAUUUUAAAGUAAAGAUGUAUAUAUUCUGAAGAAUUGAAAAGAUGGCAGAUUAUUAUUUCCUUAUUAAAGAACAAAUAACAGUCUGGGAAUCCCAGAAUGUCAAGCCAAAGGUCUAUAGGGUCAUCUUCUUCAAAGCUUUUCAUGAAGAAGUAUUUCAAGGAGACUUCUGUCCAAAAAGGUUUGACUGGCCUCCAGAUCUCAGUGACUUGAAAAAAGCAGUCUGUCUCUCAAACCUUGAGUCUCCCAUGUAGAAAAAGCAAAGGAAUAGACGUAUUAGAGCCCUCUCUCUAAGGAUCUCCUCUGGAAGGUCGUAUGAAUGACACUUUCCAGGGAAGACUCCCUCCCUAGUGCCCAGAGCUAGCAUUCUGGAGACUAAAGAUUGCACUUUUCAUAGUUUUUUUCGUCCAAAUGCAAUCCCAUUUCUGUGCCUCUUAGCAUGCAGUUAGAUUUGGACUAACAAGAUUCCUAAGGAAUGACUUUAUUAACUAUAAUAUGGUUACAGCUACUAUACACACACACACACACACACAUACAUAUCUGUACACACCCUCUGGUUAUAGUUGUACCAUGGAGAUGGGUCGAACGAUGCUGGCCAUGGCAGCCGUCCAUCCAGCCCUCUGACUGAGGCGGCGAAGGCCAGGCGCGGCGCUGAGGUAUGGCCUGAACCUUCCCAGUACCCAUCGUCACUUUAGAAUCAUAAGAACGCCACUUUUCUCCCCCUCUGCCUUUUAGUGGCAUCUGAAAUGUGCUCCACAAAGUAUCUCCCUGUCCUGCUGUUAAGUGAUGCUCUCUGGAUAAUUUUCAAGGGGACAUAUGAAAAUGUGAGCUCUGAAACCACCCCCCAACCUCCUCCACACCCCCUGCCAAUGCAGGGUGGUCUGCAGGUUUUAUACCCUCAGCCUCGCGCUUGGUCCUCCACCCAGUGAGACAGGAUCCAGGCAUUUCUUUCAAAUCUCAGAGGUUGCAAACUUCUCAGUGUCGCUUGUAGCCAAGUGUGUAUUUGCCAAUAGACACCCCUGUGUACUUACUAAUGUGCCAACAAGUAAUGUUAAUUAAUUGCACAUCUGCUUCCACUGUGUUCCCAUGGGUGCCAUGAAGUGUGUGAGGAGCCUCGUCCGGAGGAAUCUAACGCUGCAUUGACUACUGCUGUCAGGAUUGUGUUGUGUGGAAUAAUCAUCAACAUAAAUUUUAUAUGCACAAGUGAUUUCCCUUUUAUAUGUCAGGUAAAUAUUUGUAAAAGUUAUACUCACACAAAUGAAAUUAUUAUAAUGAUUACUAAUAUAUUUUUUCCAUGUUUCAUUGCCUGAAUAAAAACUGUUUACCACUGUUA